AUGAUCUAUGCUAAGGACAGCUUUAUCAUUCGAGAGGGGGAGCCCCUUGAAAUGUUACUCUUGAUCACGCAAGGGACUGUUCGGACCUACACAACUAGCAGUGGAGGGAAAAACCACCCCUCAAAACCUAAGUGUAUUGAGAAAGGUGAUUUUUACGGAGAAGAACUUAUAACUUGGGCAUCAAAAUUUCCACCCUCCACUGAAUUACCCAUCUCGGAUAAAAAUGUUCGGUCCAAAACAAGAGUUGAAGCAUUUACUCUCACAGCUGAGGACUUAAAGAAUCAUGUUAACCCCAAAUAUUUCCGGUGGCAAUUUACCAAGGGAAUUAAUCUCGAGAAUUUGACCGACUCUCAAAGGCUGCAGUUGAAGCAAUUAUUUGCAGUUAUAACCAUACAAACAGCAUUUCGUCGCGCAAGAAAGCGAAGAAGCAUUGAGCCUCCUCAAGGAUAA